AAAUCAAUGCAUUAAUUUUUUUCUUACAGACAAAACCACUCUUUAAUCCAAUCUUAGACAUCGAUUCUUAUAGAAAAGUGUGAUUAUUAUUAUGUGUUGAUAUAUUUUGUCAAAUUUAGUGUAAUUUCUAUAUUAAUAUUAAAAGUGUCAAACUUUUUCAAAAAUGGUUGAAAUCUUUAAACACUUAAUUUUGAUAAUUGCUGCAAAAUUAAGCGUAACCUACGCUGCCGUACAACUAGUCAACGAUACAAAACCCAUAGUAAACGUCCAGACAUCGGGUCCUCCGGUAAAUGACCCGAAGAGGAAUGUGACCGAUAUCUAUACCACUCUACCCGUCCAAGUGGUCCAACAGCUCAACGACAACACCAGUACUUUGCAAAUUAAAGAAGCAAAUUAUAGCAAAACCACUGUUGGUGUAAACAGCGAAGGCCUUAUCAAAGUUAACAACUUUUCAACUAUAGUCCCGUCGGCGGACACUUUGUUUGACAAUGAAUCCUAUGAUACCAAUAAUACCACUCCUGUCGAUGACAUAUCCCAUGCGCUGAAUAAUUUUCCCGCAGAUAUUAUGCCAGAAUGGCUACGAAACAACGGCGGCGUAUUGUUUCAUGUAUUUAUUCUGGCCUAUUGUUGUCUGGGUCUGGGAGUUGUUUGCGAUCUAUACUUUCUGCCCGCACUCGACAUUAUCAGCAAAAAGCUGUCACUAUCGCCAGACAUCGCUGGCGCCACGUUUAUGGCGAUCGGGACGUCAGCGCCCGAACUCUUCACGAGUAUUAUCGGUGUAUUUGUGUCUCAGGACGACAUCGGAAUCGGCACUAUUCUGGGAACAGCUGUCUUCAAUCUGAUUGUAAUACCGGCCGCCUGUGGUUUCGCAGUCAUCUUAUACUGUCCUAAAACACCAGAGAUCAGUCGUUUCCCUAUUCUUCGCGACUCUAUCUUCUAUAUACUGACAAUCGUUACCUUAAUCUUAUGCAUCAAAGAUAAUAGAGUCGAUUGGGUCGAGUCGUUGAUUCUAAUAUCAAUGUUUGGCAUAUAUCUCGUGAUCAUGUAUUUCAACGCACAAUAUAGUCAUCGGCUUACAAACACCGGUGAUAUGGACGAGAAGACACCACUUCUGGAGGGAAGCACUUUAGAAAAGGCACACAAAGAGUGGAACGGAAACUCAAGUCUGGCCACCGAUGAAGACAUAAUGGAAAGCGCGCGGGAAAUGGAGGACCAGAACAGCCAUAUAUUGAGCACAAGUGGCGACUAUAGAGCCCGGAGUCGGAGCGCCAGUCAGAAGAGAAUCCUAUUGUCGGAGACAGAGCUCGAGGAAGAGGAGGACUGGAUCGAGAGCAGCUGCUUCUUCAAAUGGCUUCUCUUUCCCAUGACUUUGUUAUUUAAGAUAACGCUUCCCAAACCAACUAAACUCUGUUUUAUUAUCACAUUCCUCAUAUCCAUCAUAUGGAUCGGUAGUUUAACAUAUGUGUGCGUUUGGAUGGUUACCAUCAUCGGUUACACGUUUGGUCUACCAGACACGGUGAGUGGGCUGACACUGUUAGCCGCGGGCACAUCGGUUCCCGAACUCAUAUCUAGUGUAUUGGUGGUGAAGAAGGCGAGUCAGGCCGAUAUGGCUAUUUGCAACUCAAUCGGGUCCAACAUAUUUGACAUAUUGUUUUGUUUGGGCGUUCCCUGGUUUUUAAAGUCCGUUAUAUGGAUGUUCCAAAAGGGGACCUUUAGUUUGGAGGCCACGGCUGUGCCCAUCGACUCGACGGCCCUCCCAUUGACAACAUUCUCGCUGUUAGUGACGAUAUUUGCACUGUUGGCCACAUUUCAGGCCACAAAAUGGAAGUUAGGCCUAACAGUCGGCAUAACAUGUAGUAUUAUUUAUGUCAUAUUCUGUAUAAUCUCAUCAUUACUUGAGAUAAAACUAGAA